CGUCGGGUAGGCAAGUAGGCCUAAACUUGGUGCGGAGAGCGUCACGUCAAAUAUUGCCCUGCGGGGAAAUUAAUUGAAGCCGUAACAGACAUGUAAUACCAUCACCACAAUCUAAACAUUUUGUCAGGUAAAACGGCGCGCACAAUGCAUGGCAAGUAAAACCCAGCCUGCCCAUCAACGCAGGUGCUCAGCGAUGGACGAGUCUGUGGUUCUGAAGAAGUGCGGCUACGUAUUGGGCAAUGUAUUAGGGGACGGGUCCUAUGGAAAAGUGAAGUCCGCUUAUUCAGAACGUCUAAAGACGAAUGUGGCGGUUAAGAUAAUCAACAGGAAAAAGGCAGCACCCGAUUUCUUGGAAAAAUUCUUGCCAAGAGAACUGGAAAUCCAGGCAGCCCUAAGCCACCCAAGCAUCAUUAAAAUUUUCAAAAUUUUCGAAACGUCAGAUGGAAAAGUAUUCAUCGUCAUGGAGCUCGGCGUGCAGGGAGACUUGCUGGAGUUCGUCAAGAGCAGGGGCGCAUUACCUGAAGAUUUUGCGAGGAAACUUUUCAAACAGCUGACGGCUGCAAUCAAAUACAUGCACGACCAAGACAUCGUGCACCGAGAUCUGAAGUGCGAGAACUUGCUCCUGGACAAAGACUUCAAUUUGAAAGUAUCAGACUUUGGCUUCACAAGGCGCAUUGUCUACGACGACACUGGGAAGAUGGAACUGAGCAAAACAUUUUGUGGAUCUGCAGCCUAUGCUGCCCCUGAGGUCUUACAGGGCAUACCAUACAACCCCAAGAUGUACGACAUCUGGAGCAUGGGCGUGAUCUUGUUUGUCAUGGUCUGCGGCUCCAUGCCCUACGACGACUCCAACAUCAAAAGGAUGCUUCGGAUUCAGAAGGAGCACCGGGUGGACUUCCCUCGAUCGAGGCACGUCCCUGGCGAAUGCAAGGACAUGAUCUACAAGAUCCUGCACCCGGAUGUCAAGCGGAGACUGGACAUCUGCUCCAUCAUGGAGCACCAGUGGCUGGGGAAGCACGGCGAGCACGGCAGACAUCAGGACAGGCCGUCCACGUCCAAGGGAGGCAAACACGAGAAGAAGACGGAGGCAGACGCCGCCUCUACGGCCUCUCCUCCAGCCAAUGCCACUCCAGCCGAUGCCGCUCCUGCCUCUUCCUCAGCCAAGGACCAUGAGAACCAUGAUGGACCUUCCACCUCCACUAAGACCGAUGCUGCUGGCAAUGUGACGUGAUGAUCUGCCUUUGCCAACAGAGGAUGACGGGGAUGAAGGCCCGCCCACUGGAGUUUCAAAUGAGGAAGGCGUCACAUCUGGAAAGAACCACAACAGCCAACAAUCAGCCAAUCAAACAACCAAGAAGACAUAAGCAAACGGACAUCGCAUGACAACGGAUGACUAUCAGUUCUCUACAGAUUUGACAUCAAUACGUUCCUCUACUCAGGAAAAUAAAUGGAUCUCCAGGGUGUA